UUUCCGGUCGGCCGCGCAGGUGCUGAUGUGUCGGGAGGCCGGGCUUCGGGCAGCUACUCCUCGCAACGCUCCUUUCUCGGACGCUGCUUCUGUGGCCGAGCUACCUCCGCGGAGCUAUGGCGGUGUCUGCCCAGUCCGCUCGGGCCCCGCGCGGCUCAGAUAAAGCACUGAAAGACAAGGCUGGACAGACCUCACGGUCCAAUCAGGGCAGCCGAAUGGGAAAACUCUUGGGUUUUGAGUGGUCAGAUGUGUCCAGCUGGGCAAGGUUGGUGACCCUGCUGAAUCGACCAACGGAUCCUGCAAGCCUGGCCGUUUUUCGUUUUCUCUUUGGGCUGAUGAUGGUGCUGGACAUUCCCCAGGAACGUGGGCUCAGCUCCCUGGACCGAAGAUAUCUGGAUGGGCUGGAGGUGUGCCGCUUCCCCUUGCUGGAUGUCCUGCAGCCCCUGCCGCUUGACUGGAUGUAUCUUGUUUAUACCAUCAUGUUUCUGGGGGCACUGGGCAUGAUGCUGGGCCUGUGCUACCGGAUCAGCUGUGUGUUAUUCCUACUGCCAUACUGGUAUGUGUUUCUCCUGGAUAAGACAUCGUGGAACAACCACUCCUAUCUGUAUGGUUUGUUGGCCUUUCAGCUGAUGUUCAUGGAUGCAAACCACUACUGGUCUGUGGACGGCCUUCUGAAGGCCCACAAGCGGAAUGCCCAUGUGCCCCUUUGGAACUACACAAUGCUGCGUGGCCAGAUCUUCAUUGUGUACUUCAUUGCCGGUGUGAAGAAGCUGGAUGCAGAUUGGGUUGAAGGCUAUUCCAUGGAAUACCUGUCCCGGCACUGGCUCUUCAGUCCUUUCAAACUAGUGUUGUCCGAGGCGAUGACCAGUCUGCUCGUGGUGCAUUGGUGUGGACUGCUGCUCGACCUCUCAGCUGGUUUCCUGCUCUUCUUUGAUGCCUCAAGGUCCAUUGGCCUCCUCUUCGUGUCCUACUUCCACUGCAUGAAUUCCCAACUUUUCAGCAUUGGUAUGUUCCCCUAUGUCAUGCUGGCCAGCAGCCCUCUCUUCUGUCCUCCUGAGUGGCCUCGGAAGUUGGUAUCUCACUGCCCUGCAAGGCUGCAAGAACUGCUGCCCCUCAAGGCUGCCCCUCAGCCUAGCACCUCCUGCAUGUAUAAGAGGAGCCGCUCCAAAGGAGGCCAGAAGCCAGGGCUGCGCCAUCACCUAGGCACCGCCUUUGCCCUGCUCUACCUCUUGGAGCAGCUCUUCCUGCCCUACUCCCAUUUCCUCACCCAGGGCUAUAACAACUGGACCAACGGACUGUACGGCUAUUCCUGGGACAUGAUGGUGCACUCUCGCUCCCACCAGCACGUGAAGAUCACCUACCGUGAUGGCCGCACUGGCGAGCUGGGCUACCUAAACCCUGGGGUAUUCACACAGAGCCGGCGAUGGAAGGAUCAUGCAGACAUGCUGAAGCAAUAUGCCACUUGCCUGAGCCGCCUGCUUCCCAAGUACAAUGUCACUGAGCCCCAGAUCUACUUUGAUAUUUGGGUCUCCAUCAAUGACCGCUUCCAGCAGAGGAUUUUUGACCCUCGUGUGGACAUUGUGCAGGCUGCCUGGUCCCCCUUCCAGUGUACACCUUGGCUGCAGCCAUUGCUGAUAGACUUGUCUCCCUGGAGGACCAAGUUACAGGAAAUCAGGAGCAGCCUAGACAACCACACUGAGGUGGUCUUCAUUGCAGAUUUCCCUGCUUUGUUGCCCCUGAUAGGGCUGCACCUGGAGAAUUUUGUGAGUGAAGACCUGGGCAACACUAGCAUCCAGCUGCUGCAGGGGGAAGUGACUGUGGAACUGGUGGCAGAACAGAAGAACCAGACUCUUCAGGAGGGAGAAAAAAUGCAGUUGCCUGCUGGUGAGUACCAUAAGGUGUAUACAGUGUCACCCCUUCCUUCCUGCUACAUGUACAUCUAUGUCAACACUACGGAGCUUGCACUGGAGAAAGACCUGGCAUAUCUCCAGGAAUUAAAGGAGAAGGUGGAGAAUGGAAGUGAAACAGGGCCUUUACCUCCAGAGCUGCAACCUCUGCUGGAAGGGGAAGUAAAAGGGGGCCUUGAACCAACACCUCUAGUCCAGACCUUUCUUAGACGCCAGCAAAGGCUCCAGGAGAUUGAACGUCGGCGAAAUACCCCUUUCCACGAGCGGCUCUUACGCUUUUUGCUGCGAAAGGUCUAUGUCUUCCGUCGUAGCUUCCUGAUGACUUGCAUCUCACUUCGAAAUCUGUUGUUAGGCCGUCCUUCCCUGGAGCAGCUGGCCCAAGAGGUGACUUAUGCAAACUUGCGACCCUUUGAGCCAGUUGGAGAGUCAAGUCCUUCAAACACAGAUUCUUCAGAUCCUAAUCCACCUGAGCCAAAUUCUGAUCCUGUUCACUCAGAGUUCUGAAGGGGGCCAGACGUUGGGUACAGAUGUGGGAACAGCCAGUCACAGGACCAGUACCUAUGCAGUGGAAAUUUGAAAAAACUAUCUCGUGUAUUUUUUUACAUUUUUCUUCCUUGUCCACAGCUCAUUUUUCAGAAAUAAAUGAUAGAGGAGUCAAGGAAGUAAAGCAAGGGUAACAUCUAUCAGUCUAAGGUUAAGGGGCUAGGAAAGGGUUAAAAACAAUGUGAAAAUGUUCUUCUAAGAUAUAGGGAUUAAGAAUCAGAUUUAAAGUGACUGGCUCCUUGGAGAGGGAGAUUUAAUGUAAUUCACUUUGAUGAAGUAGCAGCUGUUUUCCAGUGCUUGUGAUAUGCUGGGCACUGUGUGAAGCGCAGUAUCUGCAUUAUUACAUUUAGUCCUUAAUGGCCAUUAGCUAUGUUUUACAGUUGGAGAAAGUGAGGCUGAGAGGUAAUAUAAUUUGCUCAUACAUACACCUAAUAAGGGAUGGAUUGGUGGUUUGAACCUCGUCUGUUUGAUUUAAGGUCCUACAUCCUGCAUCUUUUAAUUUUCAGAAUCAUUGAUAAUAAUUCUGAAAUGUAGUUUAAACAUUAACUGUAAGUACUGUUAGGAUGGUGAUCAGGUUCUAUAGGCACACAAAGUAAUUUUCUUUACAAUUCUGGUUCCUUCUUUGUUUGCAUUAUCUAUAUAGCCAGUAAGUUUUUCACUAGCAGUUAUGAGGGCAGUUAGAAUAGCAUGAAGUUACACUAGUAAGGAAAUUUAGAUUGAUGGUAGUAUCUCUCUAAAAGUUAGUGUAGUAUUUAGUAGUAUUCCAGACAUUAGCAAAAAGUGAUGUUAAGUAAAAAUUUACCAGACUUGGUAAGGGAUUAGAGAAUGUUAGUUUGUAGGUUUGGAUAUACAGGGUUGUUUCAGGAAUCUCAAUUCCAUGAAAAUUUAAAGGCCUGGAACUGGACUAGGAAGAGUGCAGAGAAAUAAAAGGCCCCCUGCUCUGGGUGCUCGUGGUCUCCUACCAGAGACUGGCAGUCCCAGUAAUUUUGAUAAAGGAUUGCGUGUUUUCAGGCUUCUCUUCCCUUGCUCUACCCACCCCCAACCCCUUGGACAGUGGUCUCAGGUUCUUUCCUAGGUGGCUGUCUUUUUCUGUACACACUUGGGAUGAUUAUAUAAACACCAUGAUUUCCAACGCUGCUACUUAAUUCCUUCUCUGUGCCCUAGACAUAUACAAAUAGCUCCACCUGAAUAUCCCACAGCUUCAAACUGUCCUAAACAGAACUUAUUCAUCCCCAACUGACCCACUCCUUUAUUAGUGGGCAGCAGUAUUUUUUUGACCAAGUCAUCUGAGUCGUCAGCCUUCACUUUUUUACCUGAGUAAAAAGAACCAUUGCUUCUACCUCUUCUUGACUAUUAGUUUCAUCUCUACCACCUUUGUGUUCUUUCAGCCUUUGUAUUGGAAUUUAGUUAAGGUUAGACGAGAGUAGAGCUACCAUGUAGUCGUUUGUGCAGGUUGGGCCUGAGUAAGGGCACCCCACUGAGGCCAAGGGUGGCCUGGCAGUUUAAGUCCCUCUUACCUUGAUUCAGUGUAUAGGCUAGCAAGGGCUGUGCCACAGGGUAACUUGACCCAGUUAUGAUGUGGGAGAAUCAGUUUUCCAAGUAUUUUGCAGAUCUCUGUGACACAACAUAUACCUUGGCACUGUUUCCUUUGCCGUUAAGCUCAGCUGUCCUUUGUUCCCCUAAGCACUACCCACCUCGCUCGUACUUGACUAACAAAGCUUUUUCACUGUGGGAGUUAACUCUUACAAAAAGUACUUUUCAGAAUAUGCAAGUGUGCCGUUUUCUCCAAACUGUUAGCUCACUUCUCAUUUCCCCAGUGAUGAUGGGGUGGGAUAGAGGACAAGUGGUUAUUUUCAUACUGGUGAGAAAAAGUUGCUCAGUGGAGAUCUCAGCUUUCAGGAGCAAUCAGUUCCUGUAACUGCAGCUGUUACGGCAUAUGGCUUAUCAAUGUCCUUUUAGCCAGUUUUUAUUCCUUGUAAUUCUGCCCCUGCUGUUUGGCUUUGUCCCUGUCGUCAUCCACUUUACGGAAAAGGCAAGCACACAUUUCUCAACCUAAACAUGAAUUGACAUUCCCUGCUUUGAAAUCACCCACUCUUUCAUACCUUUGAUCCUUUCUCCUUGGGCUGAUUAAUAUUCCUCCACCUUCCUAUCUUUAGGAUUCUGUCCCCCAAGGCUGGGCAGAGGAUAAGAACCUUAAAGGUUAUUCUCUGUAUCCUGCAAGCUUGAGGGCUGAGAUGUUACUAGCAAAUACUCAACCUGAUCCUAAGGCAAUUACUCCAGCACUACCCCAAUUUAGGAGCAUUCACUAUUAGUCAUUCUCCUUAUAUGGCCAGCAUGCUUACUUGUAGACAGCAAUGCACUGGCAUUUAAAAGCUCUUUGAAACAUUCUGUGAACUUUCCCAUGUCAAGCAAAGUUUAAGUAUGAUACUCCUCUAAGAUUUAACCUUAUCUCCUCUCCCAACAUAUUUCUAAAUUUUUUAAGUCUCCCAAGAGGUGUAAGACACAUUCCAUGGGCUUCACAUUUGCAGGUCAACCAUGUUUGAUCACCUCUUGACUUUGCACAUGCUGGGUAGAACAUUAGGCCAAGUGGCUCCUGUCUAUAUUGAGUUCCUAGGCUCAAGAAAGGACGGUUCACAAAACUAUGUGGUUAAGAACCCUCUAUACAAACCGCCACAAAUUCAGAAUAAACUUUGUAAACUUGUA